AUGACUACAGAGCCUUUCAAUUCCCAAGGUAUUACAAAUAAUUUGGAAGCCCAAGAUUUAGAAUCAGGUUCUACUAAGGAUAUUUUAGAAACCAAAAAUGAAGCUCUAGAUGAUUUUAAAAAUGCUAGUAUAAACAAUGACUUUACUAAUGUUUCCGACGAUAUUAAGGAAACCGAAUACAAUUCUUCUGAAGAUGUGAAAGAUGUUGAUUUAGUUUUAACUAAUAGUUCAACUCCUGAUGACGAACCAUCUAGCCCUGGCCAAACACAUUAUUUUGAUACUUUUAAAAUAUACGCUUCUUUAAGAUAUUCCGGUUUUACUGAAGGACAAUCAGAUGUAAUAAUGCGAGCAAUUCGUGGAAUGCUUUUUGAACGACUUUCAGAAUGCAAAGAAGAUAGUGUGGCGAAAAGUGGUAUUGAAAAUGAAGCCUAUUUAUUUCAAGCUGCUUGUUCUGAAUUAAAAACAGAAGUCCAAAAAAUGAGAGAAAUGCAGGGUACUGAUUAUGGGUCUAAUUUAGCUAGAUUACAAAGAGAUGUUGAAAUCGCUCAACAAGAAAUGAAUGAAAGCAUGACAACUUUAAAAAGUGUCGUGGAUCUAGAUAUUAAUGACCGGAAAAAUGCAAAAAAAGAAGAGGAAAGUUCAACACUUCUAGAAAUUCAAGAAUUAAAUAACAAAAUUGCAAUAGAAAUUAUUUCAGAUUUGAAAUCUGAAAUUGAAGCAUUAAGGUGGCAAACAACUCGCCGAGGUUUAGCAGCAGUCGUUUUUGUAGCAUUUGCUGUUUUAGUCGGAAUUGCUAAUACCAAAAAAGAUGAUAAAACUCAAACUACGUCAAUUAAAAGGAAAGAUGAAGGUAUUGAAUACUCAGUUCCAGUGCUCGUGCCUUUAGCUGAAGAUGUAAGCUUUGACGAAACUAUUCAUGUUCCUUCAUUGCAAUCUGUUUUAGCUCCAGAUUCUACAAAAAGUUCGCCUAAAAGAUAA